AAUGCGUCACUGAUCGGUCGCGCGGAAGAUGGCCGGUUGUGACGUCACGCCUCUGCUGCGCGGAAGAUGGCUGCUUUGAGGACGGUCUCCGGUAACACCGGGAUGAUUUCGCUUUUUCUUCUGUGUGUGAUCGCAGCAGCGAAGAGCGAUGAGCAGGUCCCUCUGGUCGCAUGGGCGAGCGACGGGUUUGCCUUGUCUCCUGUGAAUGCUCCAUCAGCGGGUCACACUGUGUCUGUGGAGGAGCUGGAGUCACACCUGAACACAGCGCUGAGCACUACACCGCACAAUCUGCUGCUCUUCCUGCAGGAUAAAUUGAGUGUUGAUGACUUCACAUUGUAUGGAGGAGUCUUUGGAAACAAACAGGAUAGUGUCUUCAAAAAUCUUGAGGCGGCUCUGCUGUCUUCCUCCUUAUGGUUGCCAUCGGUGUCAUCGUCUGCCACUGCUUUGGUUUCUACGCUGCUCCAGAAUCAGAUUGAUGCGGCUCCUCUUUACAUGAACCCAGACACGCUUGCUCAACUCCGCCUCAAUGCAUCUGUUGCUGCCUUGCUGGUCUUCCGCCUCCCUUACAGCGGCGGGGCUGAUAUGAUGUCUACUAAAGAAGUGCUUAGCGGAAAUGAUGAGGUGAUUGGUCAGGUGCUGAGCAUCAUGAAAGCUCAGUCUGUGCCGUAUACUGCAGUGUUUACUGCACUUGGGCCCUCAAGGGUGUUAGAGGAGGCGUCUCCAGCUGUGCACUCGGUCUGGUCACGAUCCCUACUGCAGUCCCGUCGUGAGGAAACUACUGCUCCAAAGCCGCCUGUGGAGUUUAAGGAGAAGGGGUCCACCUGCAUUCUCUUGUGGGCGGAGAAGCUGGUGGUCAGCCAGUAUCGCUCAGGAAAGUGGGAGAGGCAUGACUUUGCCCCCAAAACCUUUGGUGAAGGUGUAGCACCCGACCUGUCUGGAUCAUCCUGCAACGAGACUCACUCCCGGUUGGUUUUGAACUAUGAAGACGUCCUGGAUUACCGUUCUUUUAAGCUCAUUUUUGUAAUGAACCGCCGUCACUAUAAAGUUUCUGCCCGCCAUUGGUUCACCAUGGAUCUGGUUCAUCUGGAGUAUGAUGGGAAAAAUGCCACGUUCAAUGGCAGCCGUCACAUCUACGCCCCGGCCGAGUAUUCGUACCGCUGUGAGUCCGUGAGCAGUUCCCGCUACCCUCAGCUGUCACCCCACUCAGACAAGGACAACGCCAACGACUGGCAGAUCUUUUUUGAUGACUUCCAGAUCCAGGGCUUUAAUGUGGCUGGGAAGGAUUUCUCUUACGCCAGUGACUGUGCUAGUUUCUUCACUCCUGGUAUCUGGAUGGGGCUCGUCACAUCUCUUCUCAUGGUGCUGGUUCUCACUUACGGCCUGCACAUGAUCAUGCAGCUGCGCACCAUGGACCGCUUCGACGACCCCAAGGGUCCUGCCAUCUCUGUUCCCCAGACGGAGUAAAAGACACAGAGCCAGUGUCCUUUCUCCUCCUCACAGCACUAGUGUUUACUUUGGUUAUUGAUUUCUUGUUAUUACAUGUCAUCGGGGUGCUGUUGGAUUAUUUUUGUGAUAAUCAUUCCUUUAAUAAGCAUGUUUAUGGAUGAAUCUCAGGAAUACAUGUCCAGAUCAUACUAGAACAAAAAAGGAAAUAUAUAUAUAUUGCAUAAAGAAGGAUCAUUUUUAUGAUGGUUAAGGUUUUUUUUUGCAUUGUGGCAUUAUUGUUACUCCCUUACAUUACUGUAAUACAAAGCAUUUUAACAUCAAGCGUAUAUGUUAGAGGCAGUGCAUAAAUACUUUACUAUAUAAAUAACAUUUUACCUUACAGUGUAAAACUUUUAAUGGUACUAAAAUAACCUUCUUUUAUGCAAAAUAUAAUUUCCUGAGCAUGUCUUUGACAAGUUUUGUGAGAUUCAUUCUCAUGUUUUUCAGCUCCAGAAUAACCUUAUUGUAUUGAAAACUGAGGCUCCAUUUAAUGUGAACUGUACACUUUACAUUAUAAAUCAAUGAUAUAAGAUAAAUAUCUAUUAACAGACAGCUUAAUGUUUUGUGUGCUAAAACUGUAAAUAUGGAAAGAGAA